GCUUUUCUUUUUCGGAAAUAGCUUAAAACUGAAUAACAUCAGUCUAUCUCGCCCCCUCCCCACCUCCCCAACCGUUCCUGGGAUCACUAAUGACCAAGCUGGUGGCCAGGGGCUUUACCUCAAUGUACAUAGUGUACAACUCAGACGAACGACAAGACCAUCUGCCCAACAUGCCAGGGAAGAAAUGGAUUGCAUAUGAUAAAAACCUCCAGGAUAACAAGUCAGGAUCGCUGGUGUUGACAUUUUCAAAAGCAGACAAACCUCCAUCCCGGGCAAACUUAUUUCCCCUUUAGUGUACAGCGUCAAGCAGGUACGUAGACUAGUCGGAUACACUACGGGCACUGGUACCAACACCCGCAAAGAACGGCCUAGAAGAUCAUUAGAAGCCCUGACUGGUAUGUACCGAUGAACCGGCAGUUCCCCCGCACUUUGGGGACCUCCACGUGGACCUGCCUCCUCCCCCAGGUUUUUCAGUUACGCCGUAGUCCCGCGCCACAUACAACCUCCAACGAUCACCACUGUCCACUCUAUCCUGUCUAGGAGACCCCGACUGGCCACGCAUAAGAUGUCGCGGGGUUCGUCCCGGACGGAUGGUGGGAAGGGAAGUGGAAGGGAGGAAGUGCUCAUGAUGAAGCUAUUUACACUACCUACAUACUGCGUUGUAUGGUUUUCCCGCGUUCUCUUAUUCUGGACCCCACCUCUUCCGUUUAGUUACUACCUUGCAUACUCGAAUCACAUGGAUGUGUUUCAGUAGUUUAUACACAAGCCGGCCGUCGAUAAUAUAAUGGAUCACUUCACCCGGUUUAGCUGCCGAGAUGGGAUUUUAUAACACGGCUUCACCCUCUUCCUCCUUGUUCGCGACUUGAAUUUUAUUCUGUCCUCUUGGAUUUUAACCUACUGUCGAAUUACCCCACUAUCUACCAACACACCACAAUGACCGACUUUCGCGAUCUCCGUAUUGCCAUCAUCGGCGCAGGAAUGGGAGGGUUGGGCACUGCCCUCGCCUUCGCCAAAAAGGGGUUCAAGAACAUUAACGUCUACGAGACAGCGUCGAACCUGGGCUUCGUCGGUGCUGGUAUCCAGAUGCCUCCAAACGUCGUCAGGAUAUUGGAUCAUCUGGGCUGCUGGGAAGAGAUCGAGAAGGAGGCCACAGAUGUCAAGGAGACGAGCAUCAGGCAAGGAAGCACAGGCGAAGAGCUCGCUCACGUAUCCAUGCCCGACAUGCGCGAGAAGUACGGAUUUCCCCAUUGCACCGGCCACCGCUCCUCUCUCGCCAGCGGCCUCUACAACGGCUGUCUCAAGGAGCCGGCCAUCAAGUUCAACUUUGUCACCUCACUCGUCAAAGUCCUCUCAUGGGGGCCUAAGCCACGUAUCUUGCUCAAGUCGCGCGCGCAAGACGAGCCCUUCGAAGUCGAAGCCGACAUCCUGCUCGCCUCAGACGGCAUCAAGUCCGUCACGCGCACGCAGAUGCUCUCUGAGCUCGGGCUCAUGUCCGAGGAGGAAGACACGGGACAGGCCGCCUACAGAAUCAUGCUGCACCGGGAUCAGAUGAAAGGAGACCCGGAGAUGCUAGCCCUGCUGGACUGCGACACGGUAGUGCGCUGGAUCGGCGAGCGCCGACACAUCAUCGCCUAUCCCGUAAGCGGGCACACCAUCUAUAAUCUGUCGACGGCACACCCAGACACCAACUUUGCGGGCGCCACCAACGCGACGUACACGACGCGCGGUGAGAAAAAGGCCAUGUUCGAGGUAUUUGGCACCUUCUGCCCGCUGGUGCACCGCAUGCUUGACUUGGUGCCCGAGGGCGAGGUGUGCGAGUGGAAGCUGCGCAUCCACAAGACGCUUCCCACCUGGGUGCACGGGUCCGUCGCGCUGCUGGGCGACGCCUGCCACGCGACGCUGCCGCAUCUAAGCCAGGGCGCCGCCAUGGCUAUCGAGGACGGAGCGGUACUGGCCGAGUGCGUGAGCAGGAUUCCUGCAGAUAAGCUGGAUGAUGCCGAGACCGUUACCAAGACGCUCAAGGUGUUCGAGAUGCUACGCAAGCCGUAUACGUCAACAUUGGUGGACUUGGCAUCACACUCGGGCCGCGUGCUACAUCUCGGUGAGGGCAAGGCGAAGGAGGAACGUGAUCGGCUGUUCCGUGACAACGGCAAGUCCGGCGUUGUACCAGAUAAGUGGGCAAGCCCGGAUGUGCAAAAGAUGAUUUAUUCAUAUGAUUGUGUAAAGGAGGUGAUUGGAAAGUUUGAUGAGGUCUUCGCAAGCAUUGCAUGAGGGAGGGAGGAUCAGGUUGCGUGUAUAAUCUUGGUUCUGUACUUUUGACGGUAUAUGUAGCGCGGCAUAAGUGCUGCCUACGAUCGAGGGUUUACCUAGCUUUACCUACUUCUUAUAUAGAACUGGGUCCAAACAAGCCGUCUUCUCUUGUAAAAGCCGUCUUCUCUUGUAUAAGCCG